AUGCCAGAAAAAAAAUUGCUGGACGAGACACAGUUUAGCAAUCCGAAACCAUAUGAUUAUAAUUUCGAAGACGAUCUCAAAAAAUUGGCUGAUAAAAACGAUAUAUACGAUGAAUUAGUGCCUUAUCUGCCAACAUUUGUUCUACACAAAAACGGCAAAAAUGCUGGACGAACAAGCGUACCAAUUAUUACUCGUAAAAUGCCAAGUUGGUCAACACCUUCCCCCAGACAAAAGUAUGUUGAACCUUAUGGGCCAUUUUCUGCUAAGUUUUCCAAUAGUUUUCAACGAUCUGCUCUGCAAAGACCAGAAGCGCUGACUGUUAAGCCAGUCAGUCAAAGCAUGUAUUCUCAACUUUUUCCACAGCGACAGUGCUUGCGUACAAUUUAUACUGCUAUACGGCUGGCAUUUGCACUAUAUCACUAUGCUUAUUCACUUAACAGUCAAAAAGAAAUAUUUAAAAAGCUUGCACCAUAA